AUGUAUGCCUACAUUGAAUUAUCGAAUACUGCGCGAACCGAUUCAAUAAUUCAAUCACUAUCAUGGAUGAAUUAUAUUCCAACACCACCUUCAUCAUCAUUAAAUACUACAAAUGAUGAUCGACCAAUAUUAUCCUCAUCAUCACCGUCAGGAAAUUUCCAUGAAGGAUGGUUAGCAACUGGUAAUGCAAAUCAUAUUGUUAGUGUAACUUAUACAUCAAUAAAAUCGGAUGAAAAUUUAAUUAUACCUGAUCGUACAAAUUUUAAUUUACGUGCACAUCGUACAGAAGUUCGUCUAGUUUCAUGGAAUAUUCCAUAUGAAAAAUUAGCAACUGUUGAUGAAAAAGGUGUUAUUUUUGUUUGGGUUAAACAUGAUAAUCGUUGGUCAUUAGAAUUAAUUAAUGAUCGAAGUCAUCCAGUUACGGAUAUGGCGUGGUCACAUGAUGGACGUAUGACUGUUAUUUGUUAUGAAGAUGAUUUUAUUCUUGCUGGUUCUGUUACUGGACAACGUUAUUGGUCGACUGUUUUAAAUAUUCCACAAGCAAAAAUAUCUGCUGUUACAUGGAUGCCUGAUGUUUCACAUGUUAUCCUUGGUACAACAGGAGGACAAUUAAUUGUUAUGGAUCAUCAUGGAAAUACAACAGAAGUAUUUUCUUUAUCAACACAAAUAAUUAGACAAUUAAUUUAUUCAUGUAAUAAAUUCUAUCCAGAAGCACCAAGCAACAAUGCAAAGAAAUUUGUUAAUGAAGAUUAUAUUCUUGCAUGUAGUCUUGAUAACGGACAAGUACUUUUCCUUGAUCAUUAUCUUGAUCAAUCACCGAUAACUGUUGAUACAGAUCUUCGAAAUAUUAAAAUGGAUUGGUCAUCACCUGGUGAAAUACUUGCUGUUGGAGGUCAUAAACAAUUAAAUGAUAUGACUUAUACAAAUCAAAUUAUAUUUUAUACACGUCGAGGAGAAUUUUUACAUCGUGUUCAUAUUCCACAAACGACUCAACCGUUAUCUGCAUUAUGUUGGGCACAUGGCAAUGAAAUUAUAUUUGUUGCAUGUGGUUAUUUUGUUUAUACCAUAUGGAUAACACAUAAACCUUUACCGUCCAUGUUAACAUUAUGUCAGAUGAAAAUCAAACAUCAACUAUUAAAUAAUUCUUUACAAAAUCUUGAUAAACUUUAUUUACCAAAUAAUUUAAAAGAAAAUCUUUUAAAAUUUUAUCGUUCAACAAUUAAAGGAUUUUUACCUGAUCAAAAACAUUUACAUUCAUUCGUAUGUAAUCCAUUAAAAUCUCAUCUUCGUUUACAAUGUACAAUGAAACGUAUUGAUAAUGAACGAGACAAUCUUUCAAGAACAACAACAACAAAUAAUCUAUCAGGAGCUAUUUACGUUUUAUAUUUAGAAUAUCUCGGUGGUCUUAUACCAUUAUUAACAGCUAAACGUACAUCAAAAAUUUGUCCGGAUUUUAUUAUAUUUGAUCCGAAAAUCAAAACAAAUCAUUUAUCAUUAAUAUCAUCAAUGAAAUUAAAUUCACCAAAAAUAUUACGAAAAAAAACUUUUCUAUCAUUUCGAUCACAUUCAAGUACAUUUCAUAAUAUAUCAAAUGUUGAACAAUCAAAAUUUGUAAAUAAUAAUAACAAUCGUUCGAAUUUAAUUAGUAAUCGAAAUUCAAUCUAUGUUGCUGAAACAAAUGUUAAUAAUGGAAAUGAAAAUUUAAUACCAAGAACAAAUAAUUCAGACUGUAGUUCAGAUAAUAAUUCCGAUGAAGAUGAUGAUGAAAAUAUUAAUGAUUUACAAGAAAAACAAUCAAGAAAAAAAUUAACAAAUAAAGUGAAUAAAUUAUGUACAAUUGCAGCGAAUAUUUGGGGCACACGUUUUAAAUUCUACGGUCAUUCAAAUCAUCUACCGGAUGUUUUAGGAAGUGUUACUUAUAAAACAUCAUUUUUACAUUUACAACCACGUCAAAUGACCGUAACCGUAGCGAAUAAUUGUCAUAGUCGUAAACAAAAACAACAGAUGAUUCAUAAAAGUAAAAAUAAGAAAAUUAAAAAUUUUAAUAUUCGUAAACUAAAACAAUUAAAUUCGAAUAAAACCGAUACAAAAGAAGAUAAUGGACCCGUUAUUUCAUCAAUAUCUCCACAAAGUAUUAAUAUUCACUCAAAGUUACGUCUUUCUCAACGAUCAUCAUCUCCACAUACAAAUCUUAAAUCUCGUCAUUUACAACGUACAUCUAUAGCAACAACAACUGCUGCUCAUCAGCAUCAACGACGAACAACUGCUGAUUCAUUAACAGCUGAUUCAUCAUCAGCAUCACCAAUUAAUUUAAGUCGUUCAACAUCUCCAACAACUUCUGUAACAAAUUUUAUUCGUCCUAUAUCUCCACUUUGUAUUCAAGUUAAAGAACCAUUAUCACCUAAAUUUAAUCGAGCAUCUUCAAUAACUAUGACAAAUCAUCGUCAUUGUUCACCAACAAUUACAAAUAAUAUUUCUGAAUCAACAGCGAGUGCAAGAACAACAUUAGUAAUUGAUAAUUCAACCGGUUAUAAUAGUAAUGAAAAUUCGAAAACUCGAACAUUAAUAAAUACCGUUUCUAAUGUACCCGAAAGUUGUUUCGAACCCGAAACAUAUCGUAAUAUAACUCCAUUAAAUAGUAAUCAACAAAAAAAAUUAAGUUUUAGUGAUCCAACUUUAUAUCAAACAACAAAACCUUCACGACGUUUACCGCAACAACAAAUAGUGUUAAAUUCCACAACAACUGAUGAAUAUCUUUCAGCUUCAUCUUCACCUCGAAAUAUAUCGAAAGAAAAUGAAUAUAGUGAAACAGAUGAUGACGAUGAUGAUGAUGAAAUUCAGACUCUUGAUUCACAUGAAGAACCAUUAUUGAAAGAAAAGAUUUCAACGAUAAACACAUCAAGAAAAAAACACGUAAGUUCACGACAUCGUAUGAUGACGUGUACGAAUGGUGUGCAUGAUUCUCUCACAAGACUUAUAUCAUCAUCAGAAACUGAUCAAGCAUCUAAUCCAAAUGAUACAUCGUUUUAUGUAAUGCAAAAUCGACCACCAUUAUGGAAUGAACAAUCUCAAGUAUAUCAAUUAGAUUUUGGUGGUCGUGUAACACUUGAAUCAGCAAAAAAUUUUCAAAUUGAAUUUAAAGGCAAACAAGUUAUACAAUUUGGUCGUAUUGAAAACAAUUGUUAUACACUUGAUUUUGAAUGGCCAUUUUCACCGUUACAAGCGUUUGCUGUUGCUCUUGCUAAUAUAACUCAACGUCUUAAAUGA